AAAGGCCCUCCAUCAUGGAACACAGAAAGGAGCAAAGCAGACCAAAAGAGGGAAGUUCAGAAAAGGACCUCUCUAAGGACCGGCAGUCAGUUUGCAUUACAGAGGCCCAGCAUGAAUAUUAACUGUGCCAGUGGGACUGACCAGUCAAGAAAUCAAGAGUCUAAUCACCCUGCAGAAAAUAUAACUCCUCCAAUCCAUGAUCCAGAAGAAGAUAGCCUGGCCCUAGACAGCCAAACCCCUAGCAUUUCUGCAGUGCCCAGGGAUGAUGAUACCGAAUUCAGAUACGCUUCUCGCCCAGCAACCCCCCAGUUCAGUAACAUGCCUGAAGAUACAACUGGCACUAAUCCCAAAGCUGGGAGUAAAAGACAUCUAGACCAUUUUACUGCUCAAGAACGAAAUGGAAGCAGCGCCAUGGGCUCCACCAGUAGUUCACAAUCCUCCCAGGCCCCAGAGAAAGUGACUCUUGUUGUAGAUGGCACUCGAUUUGUGGUAAAUCCACAUUUCACUGCUCAUCCUGACACCAUGCUGGGAAGAAUGUUUGGAGCAGGUAGAGAAUAUAAUUUCACUCGGCCAAAUGAAAAGGGAGAAUAUGAAAUUGCAGAAGGAAUUAGCUCCACUGUAUUUCACACAGUGCUGGAUUAUUACAAAACUGGAAUCAUUAACUGCCCCAAUGGAAUUUCUAUCCCUGAUCUCAGAGAUACGUGCGAUUACCUCUGUAUCAACUUUGAUUUCAACACAAUCAAAUGUCAAGACCUAAGUGCUUUGUUGCAUGAACUCUCUAACGAUGGAGCUCACAAGCAGUUUGAUAACUACCUGGAAGAGCUUAUUCUGCCCAUAAUGGUGGGCAGUGCCAGGAAAGGAGAACGCGAAUGCCACAUUGUAGUAUUAACAGAUGAAGACACAGUGGACUGGGAUGAAGACCAUCCACCUCCAAUGGGAGAGGAAUACUCACAAAUUCUUUACAGUUCCAAGCUGUACAGAUUCUUCAAGUACAUCGAGAACCGUGAUGUUGCAAAAACUGUCUUAAAGGAGCGUGGGCUGAAAAAUAUUCGAAUUGGCAUUGAAGGUUAUCCGACAUGUAAAGAGAAGGUCAAGAGGAGACCCGGAGGCCGAUCAGAAGUUAUAUACAACUAUGUGCAGCGGCCGUUCAUCCAGAUGUCUUGGGAAAAGGAAGAAGGAAAGAGCCGUCACGUCGACUUCCAGUGUGUUAGAAGCAAAUCUCUAACAAACCUGGUGGCAGUAGGUGAGGAUGUUUCAGAAGACCAGGAACUUCUGAUGCAUCAUCCACCCCAGGUAGAUGAACUUGAUAGGUUAAAUGCACCAUUCUCACAAAUGGCUCCUAACGAUCUGCCGGAUUAGUACAGACUAAGGGGUCUGCAGCUUCCCAGUAGCUCUGUGUUGGGAAAUUUCUCAGCAUCGUUUCAUCCCAGGACAUGGGACACGCUCUCUUGCAAGGUGUUUUAUCCUUGUAGUCGCUCUUUUUAUAGUGGAAUAUUUCAAGCAUGUUAAUAAUGAGCUCUGGUCCCUACAUCUAACAGUGCAAUUGCAAGGACAAUUGAGAAGGAAGGGAUGGAAGGAAGCUCCUUGCAGCCGGAGGCUUUGAGAUUUCCCCAGGUGCCUGUGCCCACGUGGAUUGGUGGUGGUUGAGCUUUACCUAAACCUGUGAAAGAACAGAAGUGUUUAAAAAAAAUAAAUUCAUUGUGAGAAGGGAAAUGCUAUGAAUAUUAGCAUCAAUUAUAUUGUAGAUGCUUGCCUUUGUUUUAACGAUAAUCACUCAGUUACAAAGGGACCAACCAGCACCGCAAGACAGAUUCCACUUUUCCAUCCAAGCGCAGAUGGGACACCAUUGUGUCAGUAAAACGCCAGGGGUGAAGGAAUCUGUUUGCACCACCAGUAGGCUUGGCAUCCAGCAUGUAUACUACUGUAGUCUAGAAAGGUGGAGAUGGUUUAACAAGUAGCAUUCGGCUGUUCACAGGCCAAUGCCCAUUUACAGUUCUGUGCAAGUCAGAAUCACCUCUCUUUAUUAAGGACACAGUUGUGCUGUUGAGCUUAACCAGAGUAGAAGGUGGUAUGGAAUGACAACAAAUCUAGAUAAUUUUUUGCCAAAUAAAGCAGUCUGACUUAGUCUGUGAAAUGUGUGAAGCUCCUUUAGGGAUGGCUCUGUAGCCACGCAAACUGAAUUUACCUUGGCAGAACCUGUAGGUAGUUUUGUCUUCCUCUUUUACAAUUGCUGCAGCUAUUUGUUGAAAAUUCCCAUUGGCUUCAAUGGGGGCACCCCACACACAUCCAGCUGCAGAAUUUGGGCUGCUGUGCAGAUUUCAAGGCAAACUCCUUCCUUCCAACUGAUUUGCCUGUUUGACAGAAUAGAAUUACCCAAAAGACUGGGGGGGGAUUUUAGCAGCAUUUUGUAUAUACACAGUAAGAACAGCUUUGUAAGGAAGUAAAUCUACAGCUGAGAGAAAAUGUUUCCUGCUUUUCCUGACUUGUUUUGGGAGGUGGCAUGUCUGCUAAGGGCCCAGUUCAGACUGGAUACAAGAACAUACGAGCCAUGACUGUGUUCAAACAUGGUUGCAGCCAGUCCAGUCUGAAGUCCUAAUUUUUUUUAAAGGGGUGCAAAUGUUCAGUUCUCCCCCUCCAAAUAACUACACCUGCAGAUACUUGUGGUUGAAACUCAUACCUCUUACACAUCUGCCUGCCUACAAAAACAGAGCCCAGUUUCUUGAAAGCAGCCCCUAAAAUAAUAAACUAAGCAGCCACUUUCAGCAUUGCUUCUUUCCUCUUCUCCCCCCAUCCCCAACCCACUGUUUGGUGAAAGCAAAGCAUUUUUCCAAGCAUAUUUUCCCUCCAUCUGUUUGCAGAUUGUAAACUAGACUCUCUUGCUGCUAAAGCUAUAGUUGAGUAUUUUUUUCUCACCAUACUUAACUUGAUAAUAAGCACAAAUUGUCUUACGCAUUUACAAAUGCUGCUUUAGUUUAAAAAGAGAAAUACUUGCUGAUGUAUAUCUAGUUCCCAUUUGUAUCUGUGCUUGACUAUCUCUGAGGCCAGGUUCCCAUAUUUGCAGUGGCGCUUUCUUGGCCUUGAACAGCAAACAGAUUUCCUCUCCUUACAAGUGCUUAAGGAAGGAGAUUUUCAGAACUGCCUACUGAAAGUCACUAGGCUGGGUGUUCCGAAAUCCCUUUAGGUGCUUUUGAAAAGCUCCUCCUAACUCUUUAGGGCAGGACAGAAAAAAGUGUCUUUAACCAUUUGCUGGCAGGACAAUAGACAUUUCAUGCAAUCGCUUUCUACUGUUACUUUUAAUUUCUUUCUGUUAAAUGCUGGAAGACUUUUACAUGGCAUGUGAAAACAAUCUGCCUGCUGGACAGCCUGAUUGAGCCCUUUCCUCAGUUUGGAGGGAGGUGCUCACAUGAGACGACCCGUUGACUUCAUUUGGAGUAUCACCACUUUGGCCUUACGGGUUGUCUAUUUCUGCACCACCUGCAGUUUUAAGUAAAUUAGAUAUACUGGAUAGUUGGUCUGGAAUUUGAGUUCACAUAUUUCUGUACACACACAGUGCCCUCAACUCCCUUUGUCCACAUUGGAGUAUCGGGCUGAGCACUGGGCACCUGAACACCUUACACAGGGUCAGACCCUUUUAGAUUCAGUGGGUGUUGAGGGCACUCAGCACUUCGUGUGUUAGGGGUAUGGAAUACAGCUAUUUAAGAAAGGGUUUACAUAAACUCUUCUGUUCACCCACAAUUGUGUCGUUUCCCAGAUACAGUUUUGGAACAUUCUAAAGCAAAUUCCACUGGAACAUAGUUUUAAACUAAGUAAAUGGUGACACUGAAUGUCACCGAGCGUUCAGGUACAAGAUCAACUUGUUUUUUAUGUUUUAUAUUUGGUUCAUUGUUACUCAUGGUGUUUACAGGAUCCUGCAGUUGUAAAGUUUCUUUUCUGUAAUAAAGUGUUAUAAUUUA